CAAUUACCUGUAUCAAGUCUUUCUAAGGAUGAAGGUACUAAGUAUUCUCAUACAAUUCUGGUUCUUCGCGUGUACUGUGACGUCACUUGAGGAGAGAUUGCUUGUGAGUGACAAUGUUCUCCAGAACGAGAUUCAGGAACUGAGGUCAAAGGUCGUCACUUUGGAGCAGAAAGUGGCAACCCUCGAGUCUAAAUCCGCCCACCAACCAAUUGUUUUCAUGAGUCAACUCAGUAAGACUUUAAAUAACCCCGCUAAUGGACACAUCGUCGUGUUUGAUGACACCAUUACCAAUGUCGGGCAUGCGUACAGCAACGUCACUGGUGUUUUCCGGGCCCCGGUGGAUGGUAGCUAUAUGUUCUCCAUGAUAGGGACAGUUCCAUCCUCUCCUGGCGGUCAUAGUCUGCAUCUUCUACUGAAAAGAAAUGGAGGCACAAUCGGUUAUUUAUUUCUGGACUCAAAUCAUGACUAUUACCUGAAGAGAACAGAGAUGGUGGCCGUCACAUUGUCUAGAGGUGACGAAAUCUUCGUCCAGAUUGACGCUGUUUCGGGUACACAUUCUCUAGUAGGAUGUUGCUACCAUACUCAUUUCUCUGGCUUUUUGAUUUAUUAA